CGCUAGGUUCGGAGACCCGAAUGUCACACAUAAUGCUGACCGGUUUUGUUUUCGCGCUCGCACCGCUAUGGAUGUCUAGAAAGACAUAUGUACCGACGCGAUCAGCUGAGGAUUCACGCGUUCAAUAUGCAAAUACGAUAAUGUCCGAGUCAAGGCUCAACCGGGUGCAGCAUUACACUCGAACGAGCGCCGCUCGAAACCGAUCGCACACACGGAACGGCUCUCUGUGUCAAGUUCGUUCAGGUAGUGUGGAUCGACUCCAUUGAUUCGCAUCAGAUCUGAUACGAUGAUCGACAGGAUAGUUCGAAGUUUGUUUUUCGUUAGUUUGUUUAGAGAAGGAUUGCCGUAUAAAACCAACGAAAGUUGGGUACCAUUCGUAGUCAGUUUGGAAAACAACGAGGGUAAGUUCUGUGCUGGAUGCUUUGUCGGGGCUAGUUGGAUUGUAACGGUCGCCAGCUGUGUGCGGAACAAGCAACCGAAUGAAUUUUCUGUGCGAAUUCCACCCCGGAACAGUGACUCACAUACCGGAUAUCACACGAAAGUGGAAAGGAUCAUAAUUCAUUCGGAAUAUGAGUCAUCAAAGGAGUUGUUAGAAUUUAAUGUGGCACUGCUGAAGCUAAGGAGACCAGCCGUUUUUGAGAACUAUUCCCUAUCAAUUGAUAUAGCGAAAGAUUCGUUCUACUCUGAGACUCUUUUGCAGUGUUUAUUGGCGGAUACUCGAGAUCAAGACCAAGUUUUGGAUGCUCAAGUGAAAUAUAUCCGGUUACGACCGUCCCAGGCUUGCAACGGGAAACUGAAGAGUAAAAUUUGUGCAGAUAACUUCGAGGACCGGCUCUGCGAGUUCAACAAAGGAAGUCCACUACUUUGCCAGGAUGGAAACCAUUUCCUGCUGACUGGAUUGCUCGCUGGACCAGUGCAAUGUUUGCAUCAGAAUGUGUCGGAGGUUUUCCUUGGUGUUAACGCGUUUGAAACGUGGAUCAAUAGCAUCCUAGAUGGAGGAAAUUUGGCCAAUCCGACGAACCUAACCCCAGUUAAUUAUUCGAUGAGACUCUCGCAAUUCAAUUGGAUGAUUAUUGCCGUGUCUUUCUUUAUUCUAAGUGCAACUAUUUUUAUAAUGGUUUUGAGGUCAGGGUUCAAGGCACGAUAAACAGCGGUGCUGUCUGAAACUAAUAAAUGUGCAGUU